UUCAACUAGACACUCUUCACAGACUGCUGCAGAAAACUGCUGAAUUGUGAAGGUCUUCUGUGAGGUUGAUACGUUGAUGAAUUCCAGGAUGGCCAUACGAGUGAUUUUGUUUCUAACACUUUUUACUGGGCUGUGCGUCGCUGAUUCCAAAGGGAAUCUGGCUCUUCAUGCCAAGGUUGUGCAGUCCUCCACACACCCACAGGGAGGAGAUGCUCAACGUGCAGUAGAUGGAAACAGAAACUCAGAUUCCAGGAAGGGCUCAUGCACUCACACUAAAACUGAGUUUAAUCCAUGGUGGAGAGUUGAUCUUGGAAAUGUCUACAGUGUAAGCAACGUUAUCAUCACUAAUCGUGGAGACUGUUGCAAAGAGCGGCUUAGAGGAGCUCAGAUUCGUAUUGGUAACAGUCUGGACAACAACGGAAACAACAAUGAGCUGGUUGCAACUAUUCUCACUGUUCCUGAUGGCACAGAAACAUUUUCAUUUGAGCCUGUUAAUGGCCGAUAUGUCAACAUUUUUUUACCUGGGAAUGAUGAAAUCCUCACUCUGUGUGAAGUCGAGGUGUUUGCAGAUAAGUACACACCACCGCACAUUUGUGUUCCAAGGAAUCUUGCUCUUGGAGCCACAGCUGUCCAGUCUUCCACAUACCCUCAAUCAGGAGCUCAAAAUGCUAUCGAUGGCAACAAGAAUUCAAAUUUCAAUCUUGGGUCAUGCAGUCAUACUAAUGGGGACAGGGACCCCUGGUGGAGAGUUGACUUGCUGGAAGUCUACAAGAUAACCAGGGUUAGCAUCACUAAUCGUGGAGAUUGUUGUCCAGAGAGAAUAAAUGGUGCUCAGAUCCGUAUCGGCAACAGCCUGGAAAAUAAUGGCAAUAAUAAUCAGCUGGCUGCGACUGUUGAGUCCAUCCCACUUGGACAGACAAAAACAUUUAAGUUUCAUCCUAUUAGGGGGCGAUAUGUCAACAUUUUUAUACCUGGACGCAGUGAAUAUCUCACACUGUGUGAGGUUGAGGUGUUUGCAGAUUAAGUGGAAUGAGAUGAAGUUACACCACAGUCCACUGAUCCUAUGAGCAAAAUACCAAACUACUGUUUUCUGAGCAAUACUAAUAUUGCACUUUUUCAUUGUUUUCAUUUUACCUGUGCACCUUUUAUCCUUAAGAUAAAAGAUAAGUUUCAGUGCACAUUCAGUAAAGGAAUGAAAUGGAUCUUAAAAUGUACCCAUCUUUUACCCUUCUUUGUUUAUCUUUGCUUUCUACAUGAAUAAAUUACUACAGCAUUGCAUGUUCAUUGCAUGUUUCAUGAUCAAAAAAUAUCCUUUAGAUAUUUACAAUGAGGAGGAGGUGUAGUGUUACAUAACUACCCAUCUAGGGUUGAGAGGAACAAAGAAUUUCAUCUUUCAAAAAAGAGAAGAAAAAAAAAGAAACAUGGAGAGAACGAGGAUGUCCAACCUUCUGUCCCAGAAUCAACAACACAACCACAAAUUCAACCAAUAUUAACUUUUCAUUUUCUGUUAUAAAGAGUAAAAAAAAAAAAAAAUAAUAAUAAUAAUGAAAAUAGCUUCAGGGAAGAGCCUGGUCAAAAUAACAAACAAACCAAAAAACUAACCCAGAAAUCUAUCUAAAUUACCUGGAGAAAAAUAAUCCAGACAAAUAAAUUGCAUAACGCUUCCCUCUCUCCCUGUUUAACCAUAAAGAGGAAAAAAGGAUUACAAACGAAAAUGGCACCCUCCACUUACAUUCCCCAAAACAAGAAAGAACCAUCCAAUCGCCUCCAGCUGGUCAGUCAGAGCACCUAUUAUGAGAGAACAAAAACAUACAUCUGAACACAGCACAAAAUAUACAGACAUAAAUACAUAACACAACACUAUUGUCACGUUUCAGUUUGUGUUUGGACUUUCUCUUUGUAUUUCGAUCAGUUCCUUUGUUCAUUUUCCCGCCAA